AAAACAUUUAGUUUUUACUGCAGACACAAAAAAAAAAAAAUACUAGCACCAUCGCAGAACAUAAAAUAAAUUAAAAAAAUGGCUAAAAAAGCAAUAAAAAAAUAAUAAGUUGCCAACGUGUUAUGAGAGAGGACUGAAACUUCAAAGCAUUAACUUUCUCUGCUCGUCGUUGCCUCAGCAAGUCCAUUCUCCAAUUUCAAAGGAAUUUAAGGGAUUGUGAAGAUGAGCAACAAUUUGAUGGACAAAGUCAGCGCAUUGGGCGAACGCCUUAAGAUCGAAGGGGCUGAGGUCAGCCGGAAGAUGAGUGCAGGCAUGAGCUCAAUGAGCUUCAAAAUGAAGGAGUUCUUCCAAGGCCCUAAUCCUGCUGAUAAGCUUGUUGAUGAUGCCACCUCAGAGGCGCUUGAGGAACCUGACUGGGCCAUGAAUCUUGAUAUCUGUGACAUGAUCAAUCAUGAGAAAGUUAAUAGUGUUGACUUGAUCCGUGGUGUAAAGAGGAGGAUCAUGAUAAAGAAUCCUAGGGUUCAAUACUUGGCCCUGGUGUUGCUUGAAACCUGUGUCAAGAACUGUGAGAAGGCAUUUUCAGAGGUUGCAGCUGAGAGGGUCCUUGAUGAAAUUGUUAAGCUUAUUGAUGAUCCUCAGACCGUUGUUAACAAUAGGAACAAGGCUUUGAUGCUGAUUGAAUCAUGGGGGGAAUCAACCAGUGAGCUCCGUUAUCUUCCUGUUUAUGAAGAAACUUACAAGAGCUUAAAAUCAAGGGGUAUUCGUUUUCCUGGUCGUGACAACGAGAGUUUGGCACCUAUUUUUACACCUCCGCGGUCAGUGUCAGAACCGGAAGUCGAUGCUACCCUUGAACAGCAGCUUCAGCGCAAUAUUCCUGCUCAAAGCUUUACUCCUGAACAAACAAAGGAAGCAUUUGAUGUGGCAAGAAACAGUGUUGAUCUUCUUACUACUGUUUUAUCCUCAUCACCACAACAAGAUGUUCUGGAGGAUGACUUGACAACCACACUUGUACAGCAGUGUCGUCAGUCCCAAUCAACUGUUAUGAGGAUCAUUGAGACUGCUGGAGAUAACGAGGCCCUGCUUUUUGAAGCUUUGAAUGUGAAUGAUGAGAUCCAGAAGGUUCUCUCCAAGUAUGAAGAGUUGAAGAAACCAUCUGCAGCUCCUCUAGAGCCAGAACCAGCAAUGAUUCCUGUGGCUGUUGAGCCUGAUGAUUCACCCUGCUAUGCCAAGGAAGAUGCCUUGAUUAGAAAACCAGCAGGUUCUCGAGGUGGAACCCAUGGUGGGAACAAUGAUGACAUGAUGGAUGAUCUUGAUGAGAUGAUCUUUGGUAAGAAAGGUGGGACCACAUCCGAAGCUGUCCAAGACUCAAAGAAGCAGCAAGCACCAAAAGAUGAUCUCAUCUCAUUCUAAGGUGUGCAAUAUAUAUACAUUCCCAGAAUUUAGGAUAGGAGGCCUAUAUCAAGCCAUUUAGACACUGAACAAAAAGUUUGAAUUUGAUUACUUAUAACAGGAUAUCUGGACUUUUUAUUUUGCAUGCUUUCAAAUUGUUCCUUCCUGCACAUCAUGUGUAAGUAAUUCAUGUUUGGAUUUGGUUAUAUAAUUGUGUGGAGUACAUACAUGGAUUUGGUUAUAUAAUUGUGUGGAGUACAUACACGAAGGUUCUACUAUGAACAUAAUAAAGUGGUGUUUGAUAU